AUGUGGGGAUCUUAUCUUCCUCUCCUUUUUUAUUUUAUAACUUUCCUAUUUGUUUCUCUUGCCGAUGAAAAUUUUGUGAUUAAAGAGGCUGUGAUUAGGCCUGGCGGAGUUGCGCGUUCAGUGUCAAUAGAAGGGUUCGGCGUGGAAUGCAAGUUUGACUACACCUGUCAAGGGGGAACGGGUGAAGAGUGGCAUUUUUCGAUGGUUUAUUCAAAGCAUCUAAAUAGAUACAUCUGUCACAUACAGCGGCCUUCCGUUUCGUCCAGUUACCUAUUUUUCCAAAAAUUCGCGCUGGCCGUCAGUGGUCCUGCCACGGUAAUAUCCGGAAACGCAUACGUCGAUGAGUCUACAGAACUGGCUCCGGAUGAGUACAGUCUGGAUUUGAAAAAGAAUUUGAUUGUACAAAACGAUGGGAACUUCAGGGGUCAUUUGGCUCAUGUUACCAUAGAAUUCGAGUUGGAUUCGUCUAGGCCCGAUUUGUAA